GAACUGUCAAGAAUUCUUCUAUUUAUUCUAUUCACUGACGUUUUCAAAAAACGCAGGAGUCUUUUCCUUCCUCAUUGUCUAAUUCGCUUACAUAGCAAUAAAGACGUAAUAAUUCACAAAUAUGUUUACAAAAAGCAUUGUUAACUUGUGUGCCCGCAAUGCGAACUUAUUGAAAUCACCUCAGUUCGCUGUAAGGAAUCUAUCUGUUUCUGCAGUCAAAUAUGAUAUUGUAAAAAUUCAGAGUACAGAUGACUUCAAAGACAAAGUCAUCAACAGCAAAGUACCAGUCGUCGUCGAUUUCUUUGCUACUUGGUGCAACCCUUGCCGGCUUCUGACACCACGUCUUGAAACAAUAAUUUCUGAGAACAAGGGAAAAGUUGUGCUUGCCAAAGUAGACAUUGAUGAGCAAACCGAUUUAGCUUUAGACUAUGAGGUAAGCUCCGUUCCUGUCCUGGUGGCUAUAAAGAAUGGAAAAGUGCAAAAUCGAUUGGUUGGCUUGCAAGAUACUGAUAAGCUUCGCAAAUGGAUUGAGCAGUUGUCAUCUGAUGAAACUAAGCAAGAAAUUCAAGUCUAAGAUGUUAUUUUUAGUACUGAUUACAUGAUUGUUAUUGCUUCAGAUAUAUGUAGUUGAUAUUUAAUAAAUUGCAAAAGAAAAAAAAAA